AAUAACGAAUAUUUCGCACAUUUUAUAACUGAUAUUUAUCCAUAUCGCACCAUCCUAACUCGCAUUAAAUCGCUUUUGAAAGGAAGUAUUUGGGAUUAUACGAUACAGAAUAUCCAGAUCUACUGUUUUCGUUUCGUUCAAAAAGAGUUCACUAAUAUGAUCGAAUAAAAAAAAUAUUAAAAAACAUAAAAAAUUUAUUUACAUUAAUUUUAAAUAUUAUAAAUACUUGGUGCAAUUUAAAUAGAAAAGAACGAAAGGAAAAAAGAAAAAAUCAUUUAAGAAAGCGAAACUUUCGAAAUUUCUGUCGGCAAUGGACGUAAAUCUCGGUGUAUUCGAUUUAGUUAAAUUGGGUAUUAAAUUUAUCGCCUUUAGAGUGCAACAAUAUUAUCUGACUACUUAUGAACAUGAAAUAGUUGACACGCUUUGUGGCCGAGUGAAAGGUGCGAAGCGAAAGACAAUUUACGAUAAGUUUUAUUAUGCUUUCGAAGGUAUACCGUACGCUAAACCCCCAAUAGGAGAAUUGCGAUUCC